CCUCUCUUCUGUCCUGACAUGCGCAAAAACAAGCGUCUGUCAAGCGCGCGCUGAUCUACAGGUCGCUUGCCACACAGGUGGAGGUAAGGCGCCGCGCGCCGUCAGGGCGGGGCGGGGCGGACAACCCCCGAGGAGUGCUUAUUUGCAGAAGGGGCGGGGCCUGCGGGGAGGAGGAUGAGAUGCUUGCGAAGAAGAGCAGUCCGCGCCGGACGCUUUGAUGAGGAAACGCAGAGGAACCGAUCAAAGGUCUCUAAACCACCUGAUGCUGCAGCAGAAUCUGGUCACCGGUGACUGAAGCCGCUGCAAACUCACAAACAAACAUGGCCAGCAACCGCUUGGACCCGCCCAUCCUGACCGAGCAGGAGGAGCUACAGAGGAGAGCCAAUCAGGUCACAGAUGAGUCUCUGGAGAGCACGCGGCGGAUGAUUCAGCUGGUGGAAGAGAGCAAAGAUGUCGGCAUCCGGACUGUGGUGAUGUUAGACGAACAAGGAGAGCAGCUGGAGCGAAUUGAGGAAGGCAUGGACUCCAUCAACAGAGACAUGAGAGAGGCUGAGAAGAACCUGACAGACAUGGCCCAGUGCUGUGGUCUGUGCUUCUGGCCACUCAGGAAAUUGAAGGCUUUUGAAGAGAGUGGGGCGUACAAGGCCGUUUGGGGCGGAGCCACCAGCCAGGACGGCGUGGUGUCCAACCAGCCGCCGCCGUCGUCCCGCGUGGUGGACGAGCGGGAACAGAUGAUCAUGAGUGGAGGACACAUUCGGAGGGUGACCAACGACGCCCGAGAGGACGAGAUGGAGGAGAACCUGGCCCACGUGGGCAGCAUCGUGGGGAACCUGAAGAGUAUGGCCCUGGACAUCGGUAGUGAGCUGGAAUCCCAGAACGAUCAGAUCGAUCGGAUUCGUGACAAGGCCAACCUCAACGUGUCUCGCAUCGACGCCGCCAACCAAAAAGCCAACAACCUCAUGAAGCGAUAGGGGAGCGCGUCGCCUUUUCUUCUGCUUUUUCCCAAAGAUUUUCAUCCAUGGCUUUGGUUAGAGAUGUGGCAGAAGCCUCUUAAACGGUGGCAUUUCUCAACGGAUUGAAGUAUUUCCAGUCAUUUUCUGAAACAGCAACAGUUUUGUUAGGUUUUACAGUCUCACAUUGGUUUUUUAUCUCCAUUUUUUUCGUACAUCUCACUAGCAUUUUGUGUUAUUGAUCGCAUCGGGGAAACCGGGUUAUUGCAGCUGUAAACAAACCUUUGAAAAUCCAAGAGCCCCUGAAGGGACAUUGAAGGAAUAACUUAGUUACUGUUCAUUUAUGAUCAUUACUGGCAUUUCUCCCCACGGUACCUGGAAAUGGCAUCACGUGAGCUAAUUGAGUCUAACUUUGCUCUCGGACUCGUCUACUAAGAGCUUGCAGCUUUGCUGGCUCACCGUCACAAUGACAUCAUCUCUGAACGCCGUCUUUAACGAGUUUUAAAGUCAUGUGGUUUGUUUUGGCGCCGGGGUUUACGCCAGUUUAGAUCAGGUUACCACUUUUAUUCAGGAAGAAUUAAGACCAUCCGGUAAACUCCAUUGAUAUCGGUGGAUGCAUGCAAAGGGCGUUGAAAAUGGGCCGCAGGUGAGGACAGAACAUGUUCGUCUCCUUCUACCAGAACCUUGACCCACAGGGUGUCAAAGUCUGAAAAGCCAGAUGUCUGCGUUGCUGCAGUUACUUUGCAAAGGGUCCAAAUGGAUUCUUACGACACACUGAAACCGUUUGGUAUUUGUGUUAAUAGCUGUUAAUAACUGGUGAGCACCAGUUAGUUUUUGUUUUUUAUUUUUACUUCAAAUGCUUUUUUUCCCUUCAGUGUCCCUUCAGGGGCUCCGUAGUUUCCAACAUACACUCCAUAAACAUCUUUUUUUUUUUAACACGUCUGUCUGCAGCAAACAGGUGGAUGAGGGCGCCCCCUGUAGGCGCAGUGGGGUGCUGCUCACAGCUGGAAACACGCAUUUUUCCUCAGAGGAGAAGCUCUGGCGACACCAAGCGGACACAUGUGGAAUUUGUUCUCCAUGACUUUUCAUCUUCUCUCCUCCACAUGGACGUGACGUGAAGAAGCAGAGAAGUUUGGGAGAGAAACAAAACAAACAAAAGAAUGGCACGAUCAAAGAUUUUAUGCUAAAAACUAACUAACUCCUGACUUUGCGUCAGGUUUUUAAAUACAUAAACAGUUAUUUAUGUUAACGAUGUCUUAGUUGUUCACAUGACCUCAUUAUUUUUCGUGUUUUUCAUUAUUCGUGUUUAUUGGAACAUUGUGAACACGAUAAAGUGACCUGCGCUGAUCCCAUCAGGCCUGUUCUUCAAUCGCAUCAACAAUUAUUUUAAUCUAUUUGACAUCAACACAUCAAUCAAAGAUGUUGUGGGUUGUUUUUGUCUGCAUAUCAGUACAUUAAAUAAAAUAUACAUUAAUAUGUUGCCAUGUGAGUAAAA